AUGCAGAAUGCAGCCCAUGCUUACCUACAGAUGGGUGAAAACUCUAUGGAUGUAAUACAGAAGCCUCAGAAGAACUAUUUCGAUAACUUUGGUUAUGAACCUGACAUAAACAUAGAAUUGAAGGAGCUCAACAAAACUCCAGUGGCCAACACGCACAAUGUUGACCGCAAUACACACGACAACGGCAAACAGACACGCAACAAUGACCGCAAGUCAAGCACCUGUGACCACAGGACACGGGACCAAGACACAAAGAUGCGGAACCUUGAAAACAAGUUACGUCACGAUGACACGAGGACAUGCGGUGAUUCUGGGGUCGAUUCCAGGAGCGAGUCGGACUCUGGAACCGGGAGCACGCCGAAAGACGACCCUAGAUCCUACAUAGAAUUGGGCGUGGCCAGAAUGGAGGUGGUCCCAGAACCUCUUAAAGUGCAGACGGCCUUCAGGGACCCUAAACUGACCCUGACUGACCUCUGUGACACGGUUCGGACUGGUCCCCACGAAACUGAGAACACAGCAAAGAAAUACCAGCAAAGCAGUGGCCUCUCUAAAGACACUCCUCAACCUAGCACUGCACUCAACGAGGACGGUUGCGCUAACGGGGCUGGUACCAGCACUCACAAGUCAAAGACUAGCGAAGACAUGUCCGCAGGCAUCGACAGAGAAAGCUGUAAGGUCAGCAUUGAGAACGAAAAGUCUGACCUGGAAGAAUGCGGUGAUAUUUGCGGUGGUAGCACUCAGCUAAACGCUAGCACUACUGAGAGCCGCGCGGGUCCUUUGGUCAGACGUGUUGAACCGGACCCCAGCGUAGCCUCUUCAUCGCUGGAGGACGACAUGCAGAGGAGGGUCAGCGCGGGAAGUACCAUUACCGCCCGAUCGAGCGUGUCCAGGACCUCCAGGACGACGGGAAUGAGCGACCGGGUUCCCGACCCGGACCUGGACCCCGACCCGAUGGGCGAGCGGACAGACGGAGAUGCAGAGUCCAAGCACUCCGUCGCGGAGGAAGUGUGUUGCUGUUUCCAUGCGGUGCGUAAAGCGUUCCUGCGCUGCCUGGAGGAGACGCCCAUUAUGGUGUCAGGACUGGUACUGACCAUCCUCUUCUGUGUGACCAUCAUCAUCAUCAUCCCCACCACCGGCAGGAGGAUUGACGUCCAUGUGGGAGCAUUGGCGGUGGUGUGUGUGGCGUUGUGUCUGUGUGCGCCACUGUUGGCGUGUUUGCCUUGGCUGCCUGUGAUUCGCCGAUCAGAGGGGGCGUUGUCUGCCUUCAUCUGGCUGGCUCUUUAUACCACUGCCAUAGUCUUCAUCUUCACCGGAGGACCCGUCACUGCCUGGGAUCAGGUGGCAUUUUUCCUGUUUCUCUCUCUGUCCAUGUACACUGUUCUCCCUCUCCGCCUGCCCUGGGCCCUGAUCAUGGGUAUCAGCACCAGUGUUUCACACGUCAUCAUCAUCAGUGUGUAUGUGCCUGUUACCAGCCCACAGAUGCCUGACCUGGCUGUACAGUUGGUGGCCAAUGCAGUCCUGUUUGUGUGUGUGAACUGUGUGGGGGUUUUCCAUCUCUGGCUCACUGAGCGCGCUCACAGGAAGUCCAGCAAAAGCAGAGAAACAUUCAGCGCAAACCGUUCAAGACGGGAUGUACAGAAGCGGCAACAGGAGCACCUCCUCCUGUCUGUUCUGCCGCGAUACAUCGCCGUGGAGCUGAAGAACGAGGUCAUCAAACGCCUGUCGGAGAACUCCAACACCGACAACAGGAACUUUCACAGCUUCUACAUCCGUCAGCACAAGGACGUGAGUAUUCUGUAUGCAGACAUUGUGGGAUUCACUCGGCUGGCCAGCACUUGCACCCCAGAGGAGCUGGUGGCUGUUCUCAACAAACUCUUUGGCCGCUUCGAUGAUAUCGCCAAGAAAAAUGAGUGUUUGCGGAUAAAAAUCCUGGGUGACUGUUAUUACUGUGUGUCGGGGCUUCCGGACCCCAUCCCUCACCACGCCCGUAACUGUGUUCAGAUGGGUCUGGACAUGUGCACAGCCAUAAAUAAACUGCGGGAAGCAACAGGAGUGGAAAUCUCCAUGCGUGUGGGCGUGCACUCGGGCAAUGUUCUCUGCGGCGUGAUUGGCUUGCAGAAGUGGCAGUAUGAUGUGUGGUCACAUGAUGUGACAUUAGCCAAUCACAUGGAGUCUGGGGGCUUACCGGGGAGGGUGCACAUCACAGAGGAGACGCUGAGUCAUCUCGGGGGAGCGUUCGAGGUGGAGGAGGGGAACGGGGCCAGUCGGGACUCCUAUCUCCAGGGCAGGAGGACACACCUGGUCAUAGACCCUCACUUUGAGGAGAACUCAGCCAAAAAAGCAGAGACUCACACUCUCAACAUCACAUCAAGGCCGAAGAUGAGGGCAUCGGUCAGGAUGUCACAGUAUCUCCGUUCCUGGCAAAGUGUCAACCCCUUCUCAGAACUUAACCAACCAGAGACCUCGCUCAUGACCACGCCCAUUUCUCCCUCUGACCCCUCCCUCCUGUUCCCCCAGGCCACGGAAAGAGUUCUCACAGACACAGAGACUUCCCUUGAAAGCAGGAGGAGAGCGAAGAAGCUGAACUGGUUAAGUCUGUUUUUCAACGACCUGAAGCUGGAGAAACAGUAUCGGUUCUGUGAGGUGAAUGAUCUCCAUCAGUCUGUGUCAUGCUUGGCAGUCAUUUUCAUUGCUGUGUUUGUGGUCCAAAUGCUCACCUCUGAAAAGAAUGUAGCCCUGGCUGCAUCCUACGGUGUAACAUUUCCUGUACAGUUUUUUAUUUUCCUGAUCAUUGGCACCAGAUUCUUAAAGCCUUGGAACGCUAAAAUGCCUGUGAGUAUGCAGUGGGUGUCGACGCUGUGGAAGGGCGUGGCCACCCGUGCGGCACUGAGGCUGAUACUGGUCAUGUUCUGUCUGCUAAUCACACUCUUAAUGGCCAUCCUUAAUAUAGUUUUCAUCCCAGGAGAUAAUUGCUUCAACUCAUCCUCUUAUAACGCCACAGACCUGGAGUCUCUGGAUCUUUACACUGUUCCUUAUUAUCUGUACUGCUGUCUGGUGGCUAUGUUGGGUGUGAUCGUGUUUGUGAGAGUAUGUUUCUCAGUGAAAUUCUUCCUCCUCACGCUGGCUUUGGUUGUCUACCUCGCCCUUUUCCUCCACGUCUAUGCCCCGCGCUCCGACUGUUAUAUCACACAACUCUACAACGACACCAAACCUGGAGUCCUAAAAGAGCCCAAGAUUAUGUCAGGAAUUUGGCUUUUCAUUUUCUACUUCGUUUCACUCUUUCUGGCCAGACAGGAUGAGUUAAGAUGUCGUGUGGAGUUUCUGUUGGAGCAGUGUUUCCGUGCAGAGCGAGAUGAAAUGGAGACAAUGGAAAACGUAAAUAAACUCCUUCUCCAGAACCUUCUACCUGCCCAUGUGACUGAGUUCUUCAUUGGCAAGGCCAUCAAAAACCAGGACUUGUACAGCCAGUCAUGUGACUGUGUGUGUAUAAUGUUUGCUUCGGUGCCUGAGUUUAAAGAGUUUUACUCAGAGAGCAGCGAAAAUCGAGACGGCCUGGAAUGCCUGCGUUUCCUCAACGAAAUCAUCGCCGACUUUGACGAGUUGCUCUCUAAACCGAAGUUCAGUAGUGUUGAGAAAAUUAAAACCAUCGGUAGCACGUACAUGGCUGCUGCAGGACUGACCAAAGGCCUGGAGAAAAAGGACUGUGAUGAGACCUACAGUCAUGUAAGGAGUAUGAUAGAAUUUGCCAUUGCUCUGAUGGGAAAACUCGAGAACAUCAACAAGCAUUCAUUUAACAACUUUAAACUCAGGAUUGGGAUAAACCAUGGGCCGGUGAUUGCGGGGGUGAUUGGAGCUCAUAAACCACAGUAUGAUAUCUGGGGGAACUCCGUGAAUGUGGCCAGCAGGAUGGACAGCACCGGAGUCCUGGACAAGAUCCAGGUGACGGAGGAGACUGCACAGGUGGCGGAGUUUCUGGGCUACAGUGUGACUUUGAGAGGCGUGAUCAACGUGAAGGGCAAAGGGGAGCUGACUACGUACUUCAUCAACACAGACUCCUCGCUACACCCGUGA